AUGUCCCAAGCAUGGUUCCGGCACAUCGCUCCAGACCGCAAAGGCAUCAGCUUCAGUGAGUUCUGCAGGCAGCUUUCUGUGUUGGGCUAUGAGACUGACAUGGCCGAACUGUGGAGCUCUUUGAAACCCUCUGGCCCAUUCAUUACGCUGAAGGCGGUGGACCCAGUGGCGGCGGAGGAGCUUGAAGCCCUGGCGUACUGGUGUCGUGACUCAGGGGGAGGUGAUGCAGGUGCAUUGGAAGCUUUUCUGGCGGCCGGUGGUCGCUGCUGUGGUGCGGUCCCUCUGCAGGACCUGGCUACUGGCCUGCAAAGUCUUGAUUGCCCGCAAAGGUUAAUGAAGGCGCUCUCCCUGCUGGAUCCGUGGCAGCGUGGCAGCGUUUGCGCACAAGACUUUUUCGCUGUAGAGCAGGACCCCGCGCGCCGGAGGGCGCUAGACCAACGCUGGCAGGCAUUAGCUGCUCCUCGCGAGAAGGGAGUGGAUGCUGAUAGCACCAACGGUGAAAUCAGUGGAGCUCAGCAAUUGCUUUACAAUCUUGCAAAGCAGUCCACGCCUUUGGGUGGCAGGCAUUGGAAGGCUUGCAAGACGCUUUCGGAGCCAACGCUUGCUUUUGAGAACAAGCUGUUGCAGGCUCCGCCCGUAGUUCUGCAUUCAUCGCAACGCUCGCGAACAUCUCGGGUGGUGAUGCCCCGCCUGAAGCCGGACGCUCAUGCAGGAACAUCCUGUCCAGACCUGCAAGAUGCGCCAGAAGCACCACAAACGAAUCAGGUAUUUAGGAGACGUCAGACGCGCUCUGUUUACGAACAGAAGCAGUUUGUGUACAGCCAGCGCGCCGGCAUGCUUCCCACCCUGAAGACAGCCUGUGCCACCGUCCCUUACUGGGGAGAUGAAAAGAGGCAAAGGUCCGACAAGCAGCGGCCACGGGUCCACAAAGUCUUGGCCCUCGGGAGGGACCAACUGCUGUUCGAGAACUUCGAGCGGAGCCGCCAAGGCCAAUGA